AUACGGUACGCUUCGCUCUUUCCCCUUCUGUUCUUCUCUUCAUAGAUCUGGGCCGCCGAACCCUGAAUUUCCUUCGAUUUUUAGGGUUCUUGGCUGUUCUCUUCUGUUAGCGUGGUGGUGGGAUUCGGUUGCAUGCUUAUUUGUCUGGCACCUUUUAGGAAUUCAUGAUCUUUUUCAUUUGCUUCUGCUUUAAUUGGAAGGAAAGUUAUGAGCUGUGUUUAUGAUCUGUUUAGGGUUCUUUUGGGGUCAAAUUCGUGUUGGUGUUGCAGGAUCCAAAUUAAAUUGCUGAUUUGCUGAGAUUUUAGGGUCUCUUCUUCUCAUCUUGAACGGUGUUCAUUUCGAUUUUGGUGAAGUUACAACUUCGCAUGCUAUUAUGCUAGUUUUUUCAGAGGUUCUUGAUGCAUUAGAAGGGUUUUAGCGAACCAUAUAUCUAUCUAUCUAUCUAUCUAUAUAUAUAUCUAUAUAUCAAUUUUCAGGUUUUGGGCUGUUUUAGAUGUGCAUAUAAGGAGAAUUUCGAGGGGAAGUUGAUAUUAUUAGUGGUUGGGUUAAUUAGACGGCCGGAGGUGACCUCGAAACUAGGUUGGAGUAGAAGUUCUUACAGGUCCAGGGUUAUGGAUCGUCGUGUUAGAGAGUUGUCCGGCAUGAUGAAUGGGUUGACGUAUGGUGAUUCUUGCUUCAGUCAGAACACCACAAAUGGUUCUAGAUUAGAACAGUUGCAGCCCUUCUUGUAUCAUAGUAGCCAUAUGAACUUCCCCCAAAUGUUAUCUGGUACCACCAACCCUAUAAACCCAAAUGACAAUCCUUCAUCUGCUCAUCAUACAACUCCCGGGGGGGAUAGUCCAGAAGAUUGUGAGAUCUUCUCGGAUGUAGCCCUCAACUACAUAAGUCGGAUGCUCAUGGAAGAGGACAUAGAUGAGAAGGUCAAUAGCUAUCAGGAAGAGUCGGCCCUUCAAGCUGCAGAGAAACCCUUCUAUGAGAUCCUUGGUCAGACGUAUCCACCUUCACCUGAUCAGCCGCCGCUCGAUUCGCAACGCAGCAUAGAGAGCCCUGACGAGAGCAGCAACAGUAACUACGGGAACUCCAGCAGCGGUGGUAAUAGCAGCAGGGUGGUGGAUAAUGGCUGGGCCCCUGAUUUUCAUGGGUACCAGCAAUCACAAUCUUUCACUGUCUCCCUCGAUCACACUUCCCAAUCUCCAUUGAGCUCCUCCAGUAGUGUUGGUAAUGCUGUUGAAGCAGUGGAAGAGGCCCUGAUCAGCGGUAGUAGGCUUCCUGAUCUGCUGAUCGAAAGCCUGCCCGCCUGGCAGUUCAGGAGAGGAGUUGAAGAGGCACGCAAGUUCCUUCCUAGCAAUGCUCGGCUGAAGAUCGACAGAGAAGCCGAUGGGGUUUCAUUACCUCAAAAGCCGAGAAAUGCUGGUAGAUUGGUCGAUGUCAAGGCAGAGGAGGAGGAGACAGAAUAUCCCGUUUACGGGUCCAGAGGUCGAAAGAAUCUGCACCGUGAAGACUUGGAUCUGGAGGAGGGGAGGAGCAACAAACAGUCGGCUGUUUAUUCUGAGGACACUAUUCGGUCUGAAAUGUUUGACAUGGUUUUGCUUUGUCAAGGGGACAAGAGUUUGAAAAAGAUAUCGGAUCUACGAGAAGCAAUGCAGAACGAAGCAAACAAGAAUUCGCAGAAUGGUCAUGCUAAAGGAUCAGGUGGUGGGAAGGCACGAGGGAAGAAGCAAAGUAAGAAAGAAGUGGUUGAUCUUAGAACCAUACUGAUACAUUGUUCUCAAGCAGUGGCAACUGAUGACCGCCGGACUGCCGGCGAACUACUAAAACAGAUUAGACAGCACUCUUCACCAAAUGGAGAUGGAACUCAAAGGUUGGCAUAUUGCUUUGCAGAUGGACUUGAGGCCCGCUUGGCUGGCACCGGUAGUCAGAUCUAUCAUACCCUUGUAGCAAAGCGAACAACUGCUACCGAUAUAUUGAAAGCUUACCAUCUCUAUCUUGCAGCAUGCCCUUUCAAGAUGGUUUCGCACUUCUUUUCUCAUCAGACAAUCCUGAAUGUUGCAGAGAAGGCAUCGAGGGUGCACAUCAUAGAUUUCGGCAUUUAUUUUGGCUUCCAGUGGCCGUGCCUCAUCCAACGCCUUGCUGCCAGGGCUCAAGGCCCCCCAAAGCUUCGGAUCACCGGCAUCGAUUCGCCUCAGCCUGGGUUUCGCCCUACAGAACGAAUCGAAGAGUCGGGGAGGCGGCUAUCAGAUUAUGCCAAAAGCUUUAACGUUCCUUUUGAGUACCAAGGCAUUGCAUCAAAAUGGGAGAACAUUCGUGUGGAGGAUCUCAAAAUUGACAGAGAUGAGGUGCUUAUUGUCAACUGCUUUUACCGCUUCAGGAAUCUCGUGGACGAGACCGUCGUCGUCGACAGCCCAAGGAAUAAAGUCAUCAACACUAUAAGAAAGAUGAGCCCGGAUGUUUUCAUCCAUGGAGUCGUGAAUGGAUCCUACAGUGCUCCCUUCUUUGUAACACGCUUCCGCGAGGCUCUGUUUCACUACUCUGCGUUGUUCGACAUGCUUGAAACCAAUGUGCCGCGGGAGAAUGAACAGAGGUUGCUGAUUGAAAGGGAUCUCUUUGGACGGGAGGCUCUUAAUGUGAUAGCAUGUGAGGGCUCAGAAAGGGUAGAGAGACCAGAGACUUACAAGCAGUGGCAGGUGAGGAAUCUGAGGGCCGGGUUCAUGCAGCUUCCCCUGAAUCCGGACAUCAUGAAGAAAGCAAAGGAUAAAGUGAAAACCAGUUAUCACAAGGAUUUUCUUAUAGAUGAAGACAGCCGAUGGCUGCUGCAGGGCUGGAAGGGGAGAAUCAUCUAUGCACUGUCCACAUGGAGGCCUAACGAAUCCUAGUCUAUUGCCUGAAAAUCCUCCAACCCCUACAUGCAUUAAGCAAUGGUGCCUUGCUUUCUCCUGCCUUGGGACCUUGAUUUGUCUCAACUGAUUAUAAGAUGUCGCGGACCUGACGUUUUUGAAGGAAGGAGGUAUACAAGGUCCGUGUAUAUUGGCAGCUGGAACUCGUCAAGACUGCACUGGUUAAGGUUGACCAAGGUCUUGUGAAGGACCCAAAGUAGGAGCCAUAGAAUAUCAGAGAAGCAAUAGGAAAAAAUAAUGCGUUCUCUGCUGCGGUCUUCCAACGCAGGGAGAAUAUGCUUUAUCUUGUAGUAGUAGGUCGGGUUUGUAAGAAGUUACGUUAAUAGCUUUGACAAGUGGUAGCAAGAAAUAUAGGUGCUCAAGAGUCUAUGUUUCUUUCUCAUCAGGCUUUUCUCAACAUGUAUCAUCUUCUUUCAACUUUCUAGCUGGUGCAACCCUCAUUUAUUCAAGCGUGCAAUGUAUGAUGUAUCCCGGCCUGUCUAUAUAAACCACUCUAGUUGAUGUCCUCUAAGCUCAA